AUGGACGGACUUUCCUACCUUGAAAACGAUCAUGUCUGGCUUCGUGAUCGCUUCUCUCAAUUCCGCAAUGAAACCAAUUGGACCCUUCGUCGCGACAUUAUUAAGGACAUUAUAACCUUUGUGUGUCAACACACAUCUGCUGAGGAACGAUACUUGUACGAAUUGAUCACGAAAAAGUUUGAUAAUGGUAAAUUCCUCUACGACAAGGAAUUGGUCGAUAAUCAAGUAGCAAAAGAAAUUAUGCAAUUCUUGUUGGACAAUCUUGAUGUCUUGACCACUGGCAACUUUACUUAUCGUGACUCGUUUUUCCAAGAAUGUGAAAAACUCUUCUCCGGCCUUGAAGAUCACAUGAAAGAAGAAGAGAAUAUCAUUUUCCCUAAAUUGAGAGAACAACUCUCUUCCAAUGAACUCUCUCAAUUGUAUCGUGAUUUGGAAUGGGCAAAACAAAACGCUCCAACCAUGCCUCAUCCUCGAGCUCCAGUCACUGGCGCCAAGUUGUUGCAUCCAGUCACUGGUCUUGUGGAUACUGUGACUGAACAAAUUACUGGAACUAGUCGUAAUCAAUAA